AUGUUGAAACUGACUAUUUUGUUAGUACUUGUGUCUAACAGUGUAUCUGACCCUUGUAAUGAUGAGGGUAGUAUCGACAUAAUUGACGGAGUCCAUUCUAACGGUGAAAUAGUGCAUGAUGGUCUUAAAUAUAAACGUGAUGAAUAUUUUGUCGAUAAAAAUGUCACGAGAGACUGUUUGUGCGAGAAAAAAAUUUGUAUCAACAAAUGUUGUCCACUCGGCUACGCUUAUUAUAAUAAAAACUGCACAAAAGUGCAAGAGUCGUUCAAUCCUACGAUAGUAGACAAAUAUUUAAAUGUGCAGAAUAUAAAUAUCACAGAUCAUUUCCAUUUUAAGCCUACUAAACCAGUAUGCAUCGAUGAAGAGGUGCGAAUUCGUGCACUACAAGUGUUCAAUAAACUCCUUAUUAGAACCGACGGAAGUCUUUAUAUAGAAGUGCCCAACAAAAUACCGCCAUAUUUAUUACGAAAUCCGAACAAAUACUGUGUGGAUACUUUUAUUUUGGAAGACGGCAAUGGAAUCAAGACAUCAACCUUCGACGCCCUGGUUUGCUUCACCGAAGAUGAAGAUGAUGCGCAUUAUUUUCUUAGUUCUUCUUGUAUGUUAAUAUCAUGCGUGUUUAUCUUAGCGACGGUGACAGUAUACGCGUGGCUUCCAGAACUACGUAAUCUGCAUGGCCUGGUUUUAAUGGCAUACUUAGCAAGCCUUUUUGCAGCGUUCAUUAAUUUAGGCACCUUGCAAAUAUUGGUGUCUUUAAACAACAUCAUGCUUAGCGCCUGUAUUACAAUGACUUUCAUCAUUUAUUUUUCAUUGCUGUCCGCGUUCUUCUGGUUGAACGUCAUGUGUUUCGACAUUUGGUGGACUUUCAGUGGCAAACGCGGCAUGGCUACAGAGAAGAAGUCAAUACGUGCAAAAUUUUACGCAUACUGUAAAUAUGCGUUUGGAGUUCCUACGAUACUCACCGCUUUGUUAAUUGGCUUAGAGUUUUCUGGACUGCCGCGUCGACCAUUUUUACCGGCAAUAAGGCUAGAAGGAUGUUUUCUAUCGGGCAGAUGUAGGCACACUAAAUUACUCUACUUGUAUGGACCGAUCGUUAUAAUAACCGUAGUCAAUUUGAUUUUCUUCACACUAACUGCCUUAAAAAUAGCGGAAAUUAAGAAACAAACGUCAGUUUUGAAGACUGGAGAGAGUGCUACACACGACAAACAGAAAAGUGAACGGCAGAGGUUGCUUCUUUAUGUCAAACUCUUCGCUGUGAUGGGAGUAAGUUGGAUUUUGGAGGUGAUCAGUCACAUAUUUCCUGAAGCCAAUAAGAUCUGGUGCUUCACUGACGCAUACAAUGUACUCAUCGGUCUACUCGUGUUCAUUAUCUUUGUUUGCAAACGCAAGAUUUUCAGACUUAUGAAGAAAAGGAUCAAAGAUGGGAUUUUACGGCGAAAUGAAUCAAGAGGAAGCAUAAUGAUACCACAAAAGCUAUAUAUUACAAGAAAUCUACGGGACUACCAGCAGAGAGAUAGUCUAGAUACUAUCAGAACUUACUGCCAUGACACAGAUAGUAAUAAAGACAUGAAUACUACAAAUUUA